UCCCAGGUCUUCCGCCCGGAGCUAGAGGGCGCACUCCCUGACGGGAAUUGUGGUCUCGGCAGCCCGCGGACCUCAGGCUUUUCCGGGCUCUGUUGCCUCUGGAAAACUACAAGUCCCAGGAUGCCCGGCGCGGGAGGGUCACGUGGGAGGAGCAGCGGGCGCGGCUAAAUAGUCUCCAUCGGCCAUUUUGUAGGAGAAGCCGCAGCGCCGCCUCUUCUCUCGCGUCCUCGCAUCCGUCGCCGCCGCCUCUUCCUCCGCCUCCUCCUUCGCCUCUUCCUGCCUCCUCCCGGCUUCCGCCGCCGCUACUCCAGCCGCAUCCCAACCCCGGAGCGAACCGUUUCCGUAUUUAUUUCCGUUUUCUCGUCACUGCAGCCUCCUGACACGGUGAUCCGGGCGGGCCCCGCAGGAAUUUUAUCCCCUCACCGGCCUCACACUAGUAUCGCAUGUCCACUAUCCAGAACCUCCAAUCUUUCGACCCCUUUGCUGAUGCAACUAAGGGUGACGACUUACUCCCGGCAGGGACUGAGGAUUACAUUCAUAUAAGAAUUCAGCAACGGAACGGCAGAAAGACGCUGACUACUGUUCAGGGCAUUGCAGAUGAUUAUGACAAAAAGAAACUUGUGAAAGCUUUCAAAAAGAAAUUUGCCUGUAAUGGUACUGUGAUUGAACAUCCUGAAUACGGAGAGGUUAUUCAGCUUCAAGGUGACCAAAGGAAAAACAUUUGCCAGUUUCUCUUGGAGGUUGGCAUUGUCAAGGAGGAACAGCUUAAAGUUCAUGGAUUCUAAAAUGAACCUAAAUACGUGGAGAAUUUCUUGAAUGGUUGUGUUCUCUAAACUCAGUUUGGCUGCCUUGUGAAAUGAUUCCCCACAGUAAACGGACUCCUCAUUUAUUUAAUCCUUCAAACUUCCAUUCACAUCUGCAUGAUUACAGAAAACAUGGGGUAUGUAGGCUGGUAACAGAUAAGAAAAUUGCAGUAAGAUGGUAACAAAACCUCAUAUUCGUCCUUACGUGUUUCCAGUGGAAAAUGUUUUGAGUGUUUGUUGUUUGGUUUAUUAUGUUUCACUUGAUUCAAUGUUUUUUUUGUUGUUGUAUUAAACCAUGUAUGUUGCAGCUUAACAAUAAAAAAAAAAAAUCUAUGAA